AUGGGCGCAGUGCAUACGGUCCAUCCUGCUAUGUUGCGCCGCACACCAAAGUUGCCUUCUGCCGUGCUAAGGCUUGGCGCACAGUCUCUCUUUUUCACGUCAAGGCCUGCUCCGCGCUCCACGAUCCCUGCGCGUGCAGUGAGGUGUGCUGUACAAACGCGCUUAUAUGCAACCGAAGCCAAGAGCGCCGCUGGAAACCGCACUGUAGAAGUGAGCGAUGCAGAUGUAAACCGCCUGCUUCAUCAGCGCAAUGUCGGCAUUAGUGCUCAUAUCGACAGCGGCAAAACGACUUUGACGGAGCGCGUCUUGUACUACACUGGCCGGAUUAAAGAUAUCCAUGAAGUGCGAGGGCGCGACGAGGUGGGUGCCAAGAUGGACAGUAUGGAUUUAGAGCGCGAAAAGGGCAUUACAAUCCAGUCUGCCGCUACAUAUUGCGACUGGAAAGCGACACCCCCCACCGAGACGAGCAACAUGUCUGGCGACGCGGCGGCAGACAAGGACUUGAUUGCGAUAAAGGAAGAUUUUCACAUCAAUAUUAUCGACACUCCUGGCCACGUUGAUUUUACCAUUGAGGUUGAACGUGCGCUACGUGUCCUUGACGGUGCAAUUCUGGUGCUCUGUGCAGUCUCCGGCGUGCAAUCGCAAACAAUCACUGUGGAUCGCCAAAUGCGUCGCUACAGUGUGCCGCGUCUCAGCUUUGUGAACAAGAUGGACCGUGCUGGUGCGAACCCAUGGCGUGUUGUGGACCAGAUUCGCCAGAAGUUGCGCAUGCCCGCAGCAUCGGUGCAAGUGCCGAUCGGCGCAGAGGACAACUUUGCAGGGGUCAUCGACCUUGUACGCUGGAAAGCGGUGUACAAUGAGGGCGUAAAAGGAAACGUUGUUUGUGAGACGGACGAAAUUCCCGCUGACUUGCUCGCGCUUGCGAAAGAGAAGCGCACGGAGCUGAUUGAACAGCUUUCCGACGCUGACGACGAGAUGGCCGAGAUCUUUAUCGAAGAGCGCGAACCGACAAUCGAAGAGCUCGCCAAGGCGAUCCGUCGUGCGACUAUUGCGUGCCGCUUUUCCCCUGUUUUCCUUGGCACGGCGAUCAAAAAUAAGGGCGUACAGGCGAUGCUGGAUGGUGCGUGUGCUUACCUGCCGAACCCCAUGGAAAGACCUGCAAUUGCAAACGACACGCAAUUGGCAAAGAAGAUUGCCCAGCAGGCUACCGAGGAGGGCAAAGAAUCGAACGAUGUGGUGAACAGCGCAAAACUGGGCUCCGAAGUUCAACUCGUUCCUGCCAGUGAUGCGCCGUUGGUAGGCCUUGCAUUCAAGCUGGAGGAGAGCCGCUUUGGUCAGUUGACAUACAUGCGCCUUUACCAAGGUCAACUUCGUCGCGGUGCUGUGAUUUUCAACUCACGCACUGGAAAAAAAGUCAAGGUGCCGCGUCUUGUGCGCAUGCACGCAGACGAUAUGGAAGACGUUAACGAGAUUGGGCCCGGUGAAAUUUGCGCCAUGUUUGGCGUUGAGUGUUCUUCCGGCGAUACGUUCACCGACGGAAGCACUUCACUGUCCAUGUCGGCCAUGUUUGUACCAGACCCUGUCAUCUCUCUUUCGCUCACGCCAGAGGGCAAAGAUGCCAGCCAAAACUUUUCGCGCGCGCUGAAUCGCUUCCAGAAGGAGGACCCGACUUUCCGCGUUCAUGUGGACUCUGAAUCGGGCGAAACCAUUAUUUCGGGCAUGGGCGAGCUGCAUCUCGAAAUAUACGUUGAGCGCAUGCGCCGCGAGUACAAUGUGCCUUGCAAGACCGGCAAGCCGCGUGUUGCUUUUCGCGAGACGAUUGGUGAGUCAGCCAGUUUCAACUAUACACACAAGAAGCAGACGGGUGGUGCUGGCCAGUUUGGUCGUGUCAUUGGCCGUAUUGAGCCGAUGCGCCCCGACGAGGACACGGGAAAGGACACGGCGUUUGAAAACAAUGUCGUCGGUGGUAACAUUCCCUCGGGCUACAUUCCUGCUUGUGAAAAAGGCUUUAAUGAUGCGCUGGAGAAAGGCGCACUAUCGGGAUACCCAGUCUGCGGUGUCCGUUUCAUGCUUGAGGACGGCGCAGCGCACAGUGUAGAUUCCUCCGAGCUGGCGUUUCGUCUCGCAACUGCUUCGGCAUUCCGAGAGGCGUUUAGAAAUGCGGCGCCUGUGAUUCUUGAACCUAAAAUGACUGUUGAAAUCGUCGCGCCUGUCGAGUUUCAAGGAGCGGUUAUUGGCGCUUUGAACCAGCGCAAGGGCAGCAUUGAGGAUACGGAAGUACGCGAAGAUGAGUUUACAAUCACUGCGGAAGUAAGCUUGAAUGAUAUGUUUGGCUACUCGAGUCAACUGCGUGGAUUGACGCAGGGGAAGGGUGAAUUCUCUAUGGAGUACAAAAAGCACGAGCCUGUUAUGCCCAAUGUCCAAGUGGACAUGGAGAAUGAUUACCGCAAGAGCCAACAGGAGCGGAAAUAA